AUGCCCAGUAUCCAUUUGAAUGGCAGUCGCAAAGCUAGGCCGAUAAUGCUUCUUCACCAGUUUCCGGGCGCAGCCGAGGUAGAAGUCUCUACCGCCGUGUAUGUGGAUUGCCGGGACGUCAAUGUAAGAUUCCUCAUGCUAUGGGCCUGCGUCGAGGCGCCGAGCCACAGGACGCCUCGUUGGGAAAGAAGCAGCAACUCAAGGCAGCAAAUUGAAGCCGUGGCAUACAUGGCACCAGUCCUUGCUAUUGUUGCCAGACCAACAGAGACAGGACAAGCGCACCCUCGGAGAACCAAAUUGCGCCAACAACCUCGGCGUCUGGGUUCCGGUUGA